CGCUGUAGCAUCAGCAUUAGCAUCACAGGCGCUCUUCCGUACGUGGACAGCGUGAUCCCUAAACCUUCUUAGAGCAACGACAAGCGAACGGCCGCGUUAGGGUCACAGGAGCUCUGCCACAAAUCGGAGGUAUCUGACACUUUUCGUGUGUUGUACGGAAGAAGGAUAGGCGGCGUAAUAGCACCACCAGGGAAAGCAGCGCUCCGACUGCUGUUGCUGGGAAGGGUGGCGCGGCGGCGCUCAUCUGCUGGCGGGCUGGAGCCAUGUUCCGGAAUACUUUCCAGUCGGGCUUCCUGUCUAUCUUGUACAGUAUAGGGUCGAAACCAUUGCAAAUAUGGGACAAGAAGGUGCGCAACGGGCACAUCAAGCGCAUCACGGACCAGGACAUCCAGUCGUCCGUCCUCGAGAUCGUGGGCACGAACGUGUCGACGACGUUCAUCACCUGCCCCGCCGACGCGGGCAAGACCCUCGGGAUCAAGCUCCCCUUCCUGGUGAUGAUCCUCAAGAACCUCAAGAAGUACUUCACGUUCGAGGUGCAGGUGCUCGACGACAAGAACGUGCGCAGGAGAUUCCGCGCCUCCAACUACCAGAGCACGACGCGCGUCAAGCCCUUCAUCUGCACGAUGCCGAUGCGGUUGGAUGAGGGGUGGAACCAGAUCCAGUUCAACCUUAGCGACUUCACGCGCCGAGCGUACGGCACGAAUUACAUCGAGACCCUGCGGGUGCAGAUCCACGCGAACUGCCGCAUCCGCAGGAUUUACUUCUCCGACCGCCUGUACUCGGAGGAGGAACUCCCGCCGGAAUUCAAGCUCUUCCUGCCCAUCACCAAGCAGGAGGGGCAGGGGGCGCAGCAGCCGCUCGCGGCUACGUGA